AUGUCGCUUCACAGCUCCGCAACCACCAGCAACAACCACGUCAGCCACGACCAAAAGCCGUCGACAAGCGUCUUCGUUUUUCAGCUCGAGUGGCUCUGGAUCGAUAGUAUUCCGUACGAGGGAUCACUGACCUUCAAUCAUGAUGUUAAGGUUGCACAAACGGCAGAAGAUCUUCUCCUAUAUUACCUCUUGAGAUGGCGCCAGAGCUUCAGCUCCAUCCCACCUCCUCCUUCACCCCCGUGGCUCUAUCCUUCAGCCAUGGCACUGGCCGCCGCAAAAGUGACACCAGCAACUACCCCAUCCACCUCGACCGUUGAGGCUGUCGACCCGAGGUUUAUUCUACAAAACCUCGCCGCCAAUGGCAUAACUGUCAAAGACCCAUCGAACGUAAAAUUGUUCGCGGCGGCCUCUGAGCUCAGCACCGGAAAGCUCAAUAGAGACGACUUUCUCGAUAUUUGCUUGCCACUUGUAGCACCUAUCCUGGGGAUUAAACCUCUUCUCGAUGUGACGGAUAUACUGCAGAGCCUGGCAGACGACAUCGCAGAAAAUGCAAAACAGCUCAACAAUAUAGCUGAAGCCGAUGUCCUGCGGCAGCGGUAUCUUGGAGUAUUCGAGACAGCAAGAGAUCUGGAGCCGGAAUCGAUCCGCAUCGUUGUUGCCGUCAAAGAAGUGUUGGAAGACACUUUCGACGACCAUGAGGUCACUUAUCUCCAAGCCGACUCAGCCUCCAUCCGAGACUUCCUGCGAGAGGAAACAGUGCCAUUCCUCGGGGAGGUGGAAAAUAGAGGAGUCAGCAAUGUUCCGAUUGAUCAUAUCCGCCGCAAGAGAAACGAGCUGAAGGCACAGAUCGAGGUGCAGCGCAAGAAUGUGAACGUCCAUUUGCAGCGCGUCGAGCGUGGCAUCGACAAUUUGACAGACGGAACCUACUACAUCAAGACGAACCAUCUCCCUCGCUAUGCAGCCGCGGCAGCGUUAGAAAUCCUUCUCCGUGGCUAUUAUGUCCUGCUCGGAAGGCUGGAUAAGGAAGACAUCAUGAUCGAAUCUGAUUCUCAGAAUCUGAUGUUGCUGGCGAAAGAGCGCGUAGAAGUCAUGCAAUCACUCCUGGAGCAAUACAAGGAUCGCCGAGAAAGCCUGUUGACGACCGAAGCAUUGCAUGAAGAUGACUUCAUUGCUCGCACGUUCAAAUACUACAUCAACGAUGCAGGCUCUCCAAACGACAUCCUAUGUCCACGUAUCCGGCUCGCAGACCUCGAUCUCCUAGUCUCGAAGCAUAGAGACGUUCAAGUUUCCACACAGGAAGACGGAACCUUCAUUUAUCGAUACGAUAGCAUCACUCGUUCACAUGAGCGUAAUAAAACCCGCAUCUGUGGAGACAGCCUGUCUAGCAUGGCUCGUACUGACAUCCGCACGUUGCUCAAGCCCGACGGCCUAGUCUGGCGAAACCACUUCCAGCCACAUGUGGACCGCAUCGAGAUGAUCUUGCGUGCUAUCCUGGGCCCACAACGGCUAAAGGAAGCUUCUCUCACGAGCGAGCGACUUUCCAAAUGGCCAAAGACUGUCCCGCUCUCACGCUUCAGACCGGAACACUGGGGCGACUCGAUUCCACAUUUCAUGGAUGCUGAUAAAAAGAUGUACUACAUGAUAUAUCAUAUUGCCGGUUGGAAGGUCGUCGGAGAGUUUCGUGAGGACGCCAGCUGGAUUGCCUACCCCAAGCAAACCUGUUCUGGGCCCAAGGUCUUUCACCCCGGAGAAGACGACUACUACCGGUGCGAAAUUCUCGUUGAUGUUGGAAACUGCGAAUGGGUGCCAGUCACCGAUGGCAACCCUCCUAAAAGGGUGGUUGACAUGGGCGAAAACGAGCAAUCGAUACCUUUCCUCAUUGGCAAGAUCUUCUACGACGAAGGUGACCAGAGAAAUCUUUCCAAUGCCGCUGAUGUCCACUAUACUAUGGAGGGGGAUGACCUCAAGACUCUGAGGUGGUCUGUCGCAGCAUAUCCGGACAAUGACGAGGUGAAGACGAGCACGAACUACCAUGUCUUGUGCUACGAAGAGGAUCAUUUAGUGGCGGGAAUGUCGAGUCUUCAUCUUCCGGAUCCAACGCUGAAAGUUACGUAA